UUGAAGACUAUCGAAUAUAAUUAUACACACUAGGACUCCGUAUUAGCAUCAAAGCAGGCUCUGAAGGUUCAGUUUGUUGUUUAGAUCUUCUUAGCACUCACCAUCUUUCUUUGAAAACAAAAGAUCCUUCACCCCAUCCCUUCCCCACCACCUCUUGGCCGGACCCCAAUUUAUGCCAUGAUGUCACUUUCCGGUAAUCCACCCAUUACUUGACUCUAAUCGCCAACUUCUUCCCAUAAAGUUAAUACAAUGUCGGGGUUGAGUUGAAUUCAAUUAAAUGUGGUGGUUGGUUAAUUGCAAAGUGGAGAUUGAUUAAUGACUUCAAUUACUUAGAUUCUGCUUUCAGUAGUCGUGUACCAGAGGGAUGUAUAAGAAUCAACUGCAGGAAUUUGCUCAGCGAAGCUGCAUUAACUUGCCAUCAUACUCCAGCAUACGGGAAGGACCGGACCACGCCCCCCGGUUCAAAGCCAAGGUGAACUGCAACGGAGAGAUUUUUGAGAGCCCAAAAUUCUGUUGUACUUUGAGACAAGCUGAACAUGCAGCAGCUGAGGUUGCACUAAAAAUGCUGUCACAAAGAGGCCCAUCAAGAGCUGUAGCUGCAAAAGUUCUGGAUGAAACUGGUGUUUACAAGAAUUUACUUCAGGAAACAGCUCAUAGAGCAGGAAUGAAGCUUCCAGUCUAUACUACUGUCCGGACUGGACCAGGAUAUGCUCCUGUAUUUACCUGCACAGUUGAACUUUCUGGGAUGAGUUUUUCUGGGGAGCCAGCCAAAACCAAAAAACAAGCUCAAAAGAGUGCCGCAAUGGCUGCUUGGUUUUCCUUGAAAGAGAUGUCACACAUAUGCUCUUCCUCCUACCACUUAUCAGAUCUUGGCAGAAAGGAUGAGCAAGAACAAGUAAUUGUUGCUCGUUAUCUUUCUAGUUUAAGGUUACCAGAAAUGAGCAUAUCCGGACAGGGAGAAAAGGGCAAACUACGGAAAGAAAUAUUUCGAGUUAAAGGGAAUGUAAUUCCAUGUGGUGUUGGCAGUCCAUCCUUCAGAAUGAAGCAUCAGAAUUCCACCUAUUCUUAUCUUCCCCCAGAGUGGUUCUUGUACGAGACCUGCCAUCGAGGAGUUCCUCAGCAGAGUCACUUCUUGGCUCUUCCUUCUACUUCUACUUCUAUCCCAAGACCCAGAUUUUUUCCAUUCAUUCAAUCUAUGAUGCUUAGGCCAGAUAUUGGUUCAAUCUUUUGGGCAAGGGAACAAGAACCUAUUGCUGCUGUACCAGAACCUAGGCCUCUUUUCUAUUUGUCCAACAAUUUGUUGCCAGUUCCAGAUAGGAAUGAUUCCCGUGUUACCAUAGAAGAGAUAGAAGAAAACAGCCCAAUGCAAGAAGAGUGGCUAAAUAAGGAUGUUAACCCCUCUUGCUGGAGGGACAAUUUCCUAUCCAGUGCAUCUGGGAUUCCCACACUAGAUGUUUCAAAUCAUCCUCAAUCUCAACAUUCCAGUUUAGAAGAAGAGUUGCUACAAAAAGAAACUGGAGAGAGGCAGGUGCAGUCUACCAAUGGAACGAGCAAAUCCAUCUGGCCAAUUAAGCCAAAUAAAGAAUUCAGUUGGUUACCACCUGGAUUUAUGUGCAACAGACAGAGUGUUACAGAAGCAGGAGAAGCCUGGUUGCAACCCCAGAACAUAAAGAGUCCAGGCUUUUUGUGGUCUGAUGUUCAACAUCUGCACUCUAAGGUGGCUUCUUGUCCAAAAGACACAAGGCAUUCAGCAGGCCUUACAACUGUUUCUGGUGUGACAGGACGAAAUGGUGGUGCAUUUUCCUCUGCCAGCUUCCGACCCGUAGUUUCAAAUCGAUCUCUACCUGUUUCAACACCCAGGACUGCAGUUUUCACCGGUUCAACCAGACCUCGUGUAGAAUGCAAGAUGAAGCACUCCCAUCCGAAGCCUUGUGCCAGUCAAAUGGCACCAGCAGUUCAAAUUCGAACAGUAAUGCCAGUACGUUCAUCUCCUACAAGGAGAAUGCCAUCUCCUAGCCAGGAAGGGACUUCCUCAGAGGGUGAGAUAAAGAGAGCUGAAGUAACGGGGAAGGACAUCUCAACUGCAAGCUCAGAAUUUUGUAGACUUCAGAUAUGAGCAGUGUACACAUUUUGAAAUCUUGUUAAAAGGCAACUCCUCCGGAAAUUGCAGGACUCCUGUACCCUGCAUAUAGUGAUAGUGUGAAAUGAAAAAAUGAGUAGAGAAUAAAAGAAUUGAUUUAAAUUCAACUAUUGCUUGUGUUUGAGCUAUCAACAGCUUUUUCUGUUUGUUCCAUAUAGUGAUCAGUUGUUUAGCUGGUGGCUUAGUUUAGCUAAAGUUAGUAUAGUGCCAAGUGUCAUGUGUGUUCUUUUCUAGUUGAGGCUGGCUUAAGAAGGUGAAAAUCUCCUGAAGUAAAUAUAGAGCAGAUUAAAUUUUC